GAUAAAGAAGGACCCACUACUACCCCACUUUCUGCUUGUUUAAUCUUUGGUUGAAAAGAAAUCUGAAAAAAGGAAAAGGACACAAUCACGACAGCAUGUUUAAAUCCAUCACCCUAUACACGUCCCACCUCACAUGCCCCCUCUGCAGAGAAAUAGUAGAAAAUAUGUAUCCCUCUCAUUUUGUUUGAACUUUCUCUCUCUCUCUCUCUCUCUCUUUCUCUGAUGCGAGGUAGCUGCUCUUGGAUCCGGAGAUUCUGAUCUGAAGCAUAUAACAGGAACAUGGGUUCUGCUGCUCUUCUCUUCUCAAUCUCAUCAUCCCCUGUCUAAUGCCUGUAAAUCCAUGGAAGCAGAGAAGAAGCAUGUACUGCCAUCUUCUCUGUUCCUCUUCUUCUUGUUCCUUUCAUUAUUUGGAUUCGUGGCCAUUCAGGCUUUGAACCAAGAGGGACAGGCACUCCUAGAAUGGAAGCUACGUCUAAAUGGCUCAACCGAGAGCCUGAGUAACUGGAAUCCUGAUGAUGGCAAUCCCUGCAAAUGGAACGGCGUUCUCUGCAAUGCCGAGGGUGACGUGAUCCAGGUUAGUCUGAAGUCUCUUUCUCUUCAUGGUCCUCCUCCUUCUGGUUUCGGAUCCCUCAAAUCCCUCCGGACAUUGAUUCUAUCAGGGAUCAACCUCACUGGUUCAAUCCCUGCAGAGUUGGGUGACUAUUCCCAACUGACCUUUCUUGACCUGAGCAAUAAUGGAAUCAGCGGUGCUAUUCCAAAUGAAAUAUGCAGGCUCACCAAGCUCGAAAAGCUCUAUCUUAACUCUAAUUUUUUGGAGGGACCCAUCCCGGCAGAUAUUGGCAACCUCACCAGCCUUUCGUGGUUGGUUCUCUAUGACAACCAGUUGAAUGGUGGGUUGCCUUCAAGCAUAGGCAACUUGAAGAAUUUGACGGUGUUCAGAGCAGGAGGAAAUGCAAAUCUCCAAGGCCCGCUGCCAUUAGAGAUUGGAAAUUGCAGUGAACUCGCCAUGUUGGGUCUAGCUGAGACCAGCCUAACAGGCCCCCUUCCUGCUACACUUGGGCAACUUAAGAAACUGCAAACUCUUGCCAUAUAUACAGCCAUGUUGUCAGGUCCAAUACCCAAAGAGUUGGGGGACUGCAGUGAACUGCAAAGCAUAUAUCUUUAUGGGAAUUCGCUAUCUGGUUCAGUUCCUAAGGAGUUGGGCAGGCUCUCAAACCUACAACACCUUCUUUUGUGGCAAAAUAGCUUGGUUGGUACCAUCCCUCCUGAGAUCGGCAACUGUUCUUCAUUGGCUGUCAUUGACUUAUCAAUGAAUGCUCUAACAGGAAGCAUUCCUCAAAGUUUUGGGGGCUUGGAAAAACUUGAAGAGCUUCUUUUGAGUGUCAACCAGAUCUCUGGCAGUAUACCCUCGAUCCUGGUGAACUGCACAGCUCUAACCCAUAUUGAGAUUGAUAACAAUCAAAUUACAGGUCAGAUACCUCCAGAGUUAGGGACGCUGAAGAGUCUAACUUUGCUUUACUUGUGGAAGAACAAGCUUGAAGGAAGUAUUCCCACCUCUCUUGCUGAUUGUGAAAAGCUGGAGGCGCUUGAUCUUUCUCAGAAUAGCCUCGUAGGAUCUAUUCCAAAGCAGAUUUUUGCAUUGACAAAUCUAACAAAGUUGCUUCUCCUCUCCAAUGAUCUCUCCGGUCCAAUCCCAGCACAAAUUGGUAACUGCACUUCUCUGAUUCGGUUCAGAGCAAGCAGCAACCGCCUCUCUGGAUCGAUCCCAGCCGAGAUCGGGAAGUUGACAAGAUUGGAGUUUCUUGAUUUGGGUCAGAACGAAUUGAUUGGGCCAAUUCCUGGAGAAGUCUCUUCAUGCACGAGCCUCCAGUUCCUUGACCUUCAUUCCAACAGCCUUACAGGAAAUAUACCUACAGAUAUAGGCCGGUUGGUAAGCCUGCAAAUUAUAGAUAUGUCAGCGAACUAUCUUACUGGAGAUCUGAAUCCAGCAUUUGGUUUGCUGAGUUCUUUAAACAAACUCAUGCUUGGGAACAACAAUUUCUCUAGCACGAUCCCUGCCGAGCUCGGCCGCUGUAGUAAACUGCAACUCUUGGAUCUUAGCAGCAACAGACUCCAUGGGGAGAUUCCUCCUCAACUUGGAUUGCUGCCAUCUUUGGAGAUAUCAUUGAAUCUAAGCAAGAAUUUUCUCACGGGCCGGCUGCCACAGGAAUUCUCUAGCCUCAUCAAGCUGGGAACACUCGACCUGUCAUACAACAUGCUGACAGGAGACCUCUCUGUUCUCUCAACUCUUCAAAAUCUAGUCACACUGAACGUGAGCUUCAACAAUUUUUCUGGCGCCUUGCCAGAUACUCCCUUCUUCAAGAAGCUACCUUUAAGUGAUCUCACUGGAAAUUCAGCACUCUGUGUAUCUGAUAGUUCAUGUGCACAUGCACCAUCAUCGUCGAAAUCCAAUAUGUUAAAAUUGGCAAUGAGCCUCCUGCUCAGUGCAACAGCAAUGCUACUACUGCUAGCAGCGUAUAUGCUGAUAAGAGCACGCACAAGUUUGCCAAAAGACACAGGGGAUCCGGAGAUUGCUCCACCUUGGAGCAUAACACUCUUCCAGAAACGGGACAUCCCACUGGAUGCCAUAUUACGCAGUCUUAUACCUGAAAAUAUCAUUGGAAGGGGGUGUUCUGGAAUGGUGUACAGAGCAUCAGUAACUGGCGGUGACAAUGUGGCAGUGAAGAGGCUAUGGCCUAGCAAGAAAUGCAGUGAACUAGCUUUUGCCUCUGAGACGAGCACAUUGGGUUCCAUAAGGCACAAAAACAUAGUAAGACUCUUGGGCUACUGCAGCAACAGGAGCACAAAGCUUCUCUUGUAUGAUUACAUGCCCAACGGCAGUUUGGCCUCACUGUUGCACAAUGAGAAUAGCAAUGGUGUGGCAGUAGAAUGGGAGAUGAGAUAUAAUAUCUUGCUGGGUGCAGGACAAGGACUGGCCUAUCUGCACCAUGACUGCAUACCGCCCAUAAUUCACAGAGAUGUGAAGUCCAACAAUAUUUUGCUGGGUCCAAGAUAUGAGCCUUAUUUAGCUGACUUUGGGCUUGCCAAGUUGCUGGAUGAAGAUGGGAUGGGAUACUCUAGGUCAUCUCCACUUCUUGCUGGCUCUUACGGGUACAUUGCUCCUGAGUACGGAUCCAUGUUACGGAUUACAGAGAAAAGUGACGUUUACAGCUUUGGAGUCGUCCUACUUGAGGUCCUGACCGGCAAGCACCCCCUUGACGCGGCCUUCCCAGAAGGCCUACAUUUGGUUCAGUGGGUGAAAGACCACCGCAGAAAUAAGCGUAGCGCUCUUGAGUUGUUGGAUCCAAAGCUGCAAGGCAGGCCAGACUCACAGAUCCAGGAGAUGCUGCAAGCACUUGGUAUAGCAUUGUUAUGUGUUAACAACAAUGCCGAAGAACGGCCUACCAUGAAAGAUGUAGCAGCGCUUCUCAAGGAAAUCCGCCAUGACGCCCCAGCAGAGGCGCAUAAACUUGGCACAUCUGAGCCAACGAAUAGUCCUACACCAAACCACUCCACUGCAUCAAGUGCAGGGCUUCAUCUAGAUCCAGGCUCCUCAAAUUGCUCACUGCCAUACUCUUCCUCUGUUUCUACUAAGAUUAACCUCUACUAAGGAGCGUGGAACGGAUAUUGGCCUUUUGCAAUGUCAAAAAAAUUCAUUCGGGCAAUCAAUGGCAACAACGGGGGUCCUUGACUUUGACACAUCACAUGGCCAAUCACUGUAUGCCUACUGCACAUCAACGGUGACGGUGCCAAAAGGGAAAAAGAUUGAUGACCUGAAAGGAGAAAAGCCCUUUCAACAUCCACAAACAAGGAGGAAUAAUUGAAUGAAGGAAGCCAAUCUUCUUCCCGCUGCUACAUGGUUGCCUCUGUUAAGGAAAUAUUUACUGGUUUUUCUCUUGUUGAUGAUGAAGUUGAUGCUAUAUCUGCCAUCAGAGUGGGGCCUGCAAAUUUUACGACAAACCGAUGAUGACAAACAGAGUGGGCGGUGAUGAUGCCAAAAGCACCAAAAAGAAGUGAGCUGUGAGGUGGGGAUUCUGUGGAUGUCUAGCAAGUGUACAUGAGAAAGCAACUGAUGGAAGAAGCCAAGCUCAAUUUUAGCUGUUGUGGAGUUGGCUGUGUUAAGAAAGUGGUCGGUUUUUUUCUUGUUGGAAGGUGGGGACAGACCAUGUAAUCAAAGGAUGACGUGCCCACAUCCAUGUGAAAAGGACAGCUUCGGACAGUCAUGGAUGUAUUAUUGGGCGUUUGAUGGUGGUCAUGGCCACUGCACACCACAUGAAUGCACGUGAUAGACCAAGAUUGGCUACAGCCGGAACUGAUGGGAACCCGUCAAUGUUCAUGAUUCCAUCUCAAUAAGCUGGAUCUGGCCAGUCUUUUUCGUGUAAAAGCUGCUAGUUUACUUUUCAGGCAUUAUUUUGGUUGCGACCAUGAUAAAAAAUAAUUCUAUUGCAGCUGUUUAGUA